AUGCUGUACAGAGGUUUUGAUGUCGUUGUCUUUAUCGCCGUGGAAAUAGUAAGCAAAGUCGACUACAGGAGUGCAACUUGCAUGCACUACAUGUUAGUGAAAAGCAACAAUAAAGGGGAUGGAUCCAAGUCCCUGGCCGAUACACUGGCGAGAUGGAAAGAAUACAAUGUUUGGCUUGAAUCUAGCAAUGAAGCUGAGAAGCCAGUUAGGAAAGUUCCUGCCAAAGGAUCAAAGAAGGGGUGUAUGAAAGGUAAAGGAGGGCCUGAGAACUCACGCUGUAACUUCCGAGGAGUUAGGCAAAGGACUUGGGGAAAAUGGGUUGCUGAAAUCCGGGAGCCAAACAGAGGGAGUAGGCUCUGGUUGGGUACUUUUCCCACUGCCAUUAGUGCUGCUCUAGCGUAUGAUGAAGCAGCUAGGGCAAUGUAUGGUUCUUGUGCACGCCUCAACUUUCUCAACAUUGAAGUUUCAACUUUAUCUGAGGAAUCAUCAAGAAAUUCUCCAGCUGCUAGUCAAUCUGGUUCUGCAUUGAUGAUAUCAGAGAGUCCUGAAUGUAUGAUUUUUCCGAACAACUCGGGGGGAGAAACAGCCAAGGAUGAUGACAUGGAAAGCCUAUCCUUAUCCUUAAGUGUGAAACAUGAGCAUCUUCCAUUGUCUUGA